GAAAGAAGCUCAGUGGCCGAUGUAUUGACAUUGGAGGCAGUUAUAGAUUAGCCGAGCAGAGAGCAGCGCUGGAGCGGCUUAGUACGCGAUCAGAGCCAUCAAUGGUCGGGCCAGCGCAGAUCCGCCGCUUGUUUUUGGCGGCCCUCGGCUUGGCCGCGUUGACUGCCUCGAGCACGGGAACGUCGUCGUCGCCGCCGCCGCCGCCGAGCCUCAAUGCCACUGCCAAAAAUUCGCCGCUAUGGAACGAGACGUGGACCGACCGUUUGAAGCAGAACCUCUUGGCGAAUUACGACAAGUUCGCGAGGCCGUCGCAGCAUUGGGAAACGACGCGGGUCAACGUCAAGCUAAACGUACAGACCGUCGAGGUGGACGAUAUGCUCAACGUGAUGGCAGCCAACGUCUGGGUCGUCAUGACUUGGAACGACGACAAGCUCCAGUGGAACUCGAGCGACUACAGCGGCCUCAAGUCCAUAAAUCUGGGCGCCCACGAGAUCUGGCUGCCCGACAUCUACCUGCUGAACAGCGCGGCCCACGGCAUGGAGUACUACGGCGAUCGGCACUGCAUCGUCAACGAGAUCGGUAUCGUCCUCUGGGUCACGCCGACCAUCUUCCACGGCUACUGCCAUCUGGACUUUACCUUCUGGCCCUUCGAGAUGAACACGUGUCGUCUGAGCCUUAGCUCCUGGACCUACGACGGCACUCAGCUCGAUCUCAAGUUGCUCGGCUCCGGUGUCGAUCUUGACGAUUACGUCGCCAUUAACGAGUGGAUCAUCAAGAACGUCACGGGCAGCAGGCGGCAGGAGAUCUUCGACUGCUGCCCCGAGCCCUACGUCACGCUCGACUUUGAGUUCGAGCUCUCGAGGUCGUCCGAGCUCUAUUACCACGUCAUUUUUGUACCAACCAUACCCAUAGUUUUCCUGACGCUCGUCACCUUCUGGUUGAGGCCGCAGAGCGAGAUGAAGCUGAUCGUCAACGCCUCCAUAGUCCUCGUAGUCGUGCUCUACCUCAUUUACUUUGGCUACAAAGUGCCGGCGCGCUUCGACUCCAUGCCGCUCAUUGUCAGAUUUUACAGUGCCUGCCUGUACCAAGCGAGCAUAUCGAUGAUCAUAUCGGUCAUCGUCCUCAACAUCAACAAACUCUCGUACUACGCCCAUGUGCCCAGGCCGAUCAGGCGAUUUCUUCAAGGAAAAGCUGCCAAGUACCUGAUUCUCGGUCACAUCGUUCACGAGAUCGAGUCGCAAAAAUCGGCAGCGGAGCAAGAGAUGUGCGAGAAUCAUUUGAUGGACAUAUCCAUGUCGGCUCCGAGCUUUUCGAGCUUCAGCAACAGCCAACAAUGCCUGACUGGAGCGUCCCAAGCAUCGGCCGGAUCGGGGGCGGCACCCCAGUCGACGACUUCGAUCACGAGGAGUCUGGCGAAUCUCGAAUGGGUCCUGCUUGCCACGGCCAUAGAUCGCAUCGUUUUCUUCCUAUUCUGCUUCGUUUUCAUCAUCCUGGCCAUCAGUUGCGUGCGCCUGAAACGCUUCACCUUUUCUAGCGAUAAUAUACCAUACUGGCACAGUUGAAGCUUCUUUCGAUAUAGGCGAGAAUG